AUGUGCUUGAUUUCGCCAUAUCUAUUUUCGAUUCCCUUUUACCUUUUCCUUGGACUUGGCUACUCAAUCUAUCUCAUGAGAGAGUGGGGACUUUUGGCGGCUGCUAUUUUUUUCGUACUUUUAUCCAGGUACAUUGCAAACGUUAGAAGCGAAACGGUUUUCUUGACAGAUGAAAGGGUUCGAAAAAUGUCGGAAAUAGUAAACAGUAUAAAAUUAAUAAAAAUGUACGCCUGGGAAAAACCAUUUAUGGAGUCGGUGAUGGCAAUACGCAAAAAAGAAAAGAAGCUUCUGCAGCCUUCAACGACUUUACAGAGCAUCUCAACUGGAAUUGCACCCGUCAUUCCUACUUUGUCUUCAGUCAUAACAAUUGCAUUGUUUAGGGCAACCGGACAUCGUAUCAGUGCAUCAACGGUAGACUAUUAUUCUUUUUUUUUUCUUUUUUACACGUUCAUUAUAUUUGAUAUCACUACAAUCCAGAUCGGCGAUAGAGGCACCAAUUUAAGCGGUGGGCAAAAACAACGCGUGAGUGUAGCCAGAGCUGUUUACAGCAAUAGAGAUAUAUACCUUUUAGACGAUCCCCUCUCAGCAGUCGAUGUUCAUGUGGGAAGACACAUAUUCUAUGAAUGCUUUAAGAAAUAUAUGCAUGAAAGGACAAUUAUAUUGGUUACCCAUCAAUUGCAGUACCUGAAAGACUGCGAUCUCAUUCUCGUUAUGGACCAGGGCCGAAUUGUUGAAUGUGGCACUUAUGAUGAAGUUCUGCAAAUGAACGGCUAUUACGCACGAAUGAUUGAAACUUUUUACACUAAGCCGUUGACAGAGGAGAAUAAAAACCCAACAUUAGCCUUCGCGACGAUUGUUUUCGGUAACUGGUGGCUAAGUUACUGGAUAACUAACACCGACAAUUCCCAUCAGAAAAACUCUAAUUCCACAGUCAAUGACUUACAAAGCGAAAGAACGAGUGAAGCACCUUCAACUAUUGAUCUUUGGAUAUCUAACACAACGCAACAAACAUAUUUAAACUCGACGUAUUCUCCUAUCCUAUUCUUUACCACAAACUCAUCAGACACUACGACAAAUUCGACAGUCACUAACAAUUCUAUAAAUAAAAACGAUGACAAAUUCUACUUGAUAGUGUAUUCUGGUGUCGCCAUUCUUAUCCCGAUUGUGUUCUCGCUGAAAGGAUUUUCUCUUGCUAAGGUUACUAUGACUGCGUCGACAAAUAUCCACGACAAAGUACUACAGAGCGUUAUGAAAAGUCCCAUGUCAUUUUUUGAUGCUAAUCCACCAGGAAGAAUUCUCAAUCGCUUUUCCCGAGAUCUAGAUGAAGCUGAUGUGAACCUGCCGCAACUUUUGGACUUGAUGGUGCAAAUCAGUACUCAGUCAGUUUUGGUGAUACUGACGUCCAUUCAGGUCGAGCCAUGGCUAGUAUUCGCCUUUAUUCCGGCUUUAGCCGGAUUGAUCGCCUUGCGUUAUUUCUCCAUCCAAGCUGUCCGUCAACUGAAGAGAAUCGAGAACGAAAAGCGUUCCCCGCUUCUCAGUCACGUGAACACCACCGCCUUCGGAUUGGUUACUAUCAACUCGUUCAAUCAACAGGAUUUUUUCAGGGAAAGAUUUCGAUAUCAUAAUGACGUAAAUUCUUCAGUCAAUUUCAUGUUUGAUGCUAGUCUACGAUGGGUUGGUGUUCGCAUGGACUUACUAUUUACUUGCGUCUCCAUCAUAGCAGCCUUUUUGUUUGUUUUUUCAAGAAAUUCCAUUGCUCCUUCAUUUGCCGCGAUGUCCCUGGGAUUCAUUAAUCUGAUUUUGAACGUGUCUCAAUUUUUCAUUCGACUCGUGAAUGAUACAGAGGCCAGAUUCACAUCCAUUGAAAGGUUGGAUGAAUAUAUGUCAUUGCCAGUGGAGGUCGAUGAUACAGCUAAUGUCCGGCCGACAUGCGCUGAUUGGCCAGUGUCUGGUGACAUUCAAUUCUCAGAGGUAUGGAUGCGAUACAGAGACGAUAUGAACCCCGUACUCAAACAAGUUUCAUUUCACAUUUUCGACAAACAGAAAGUGGGAAUUGUUGGAAGGACAGGUGCAGGCAAAUCAUCUUUAGGGAGUGUCAUCUUCAGACUUGUGGACAUUUACAAAGGACACAUAUAUAUUGACCAAGUUGACAUAGCGACUAUUAGUCUCGAAGAAUUAAGAUCCAAAAUCUCCAUCAUUCCACAAGACCCAGUUCUUUUCACAGGAACAAUGAGGUAUAAUUUAGACCCCUUUUCAAAAUACACAGAUGAUGAAUUAUGGCAAGCGCUCUCAAAAGUUCACAUGAAAAACAAGAUUAUUAGUAUGGAAGUCGGCUUGGAAUUUAUGGUUGAAGAAAAUGGUGAUAAUUUGUCUGUUGGAGAACGGCAGCUUGUUUGUAUGGCAAGAGCUAUUCUAAGGAACAACAAGAUAUUGUUACUUGAUGAAGCUACAGCUUCAAUUGAUACAGAAACAGAUGCCAUGAUCCAGUUGACUAUCAGAUCUGCAUUUGCUGAGUGUACCGUACUUACCAUAGCUCAUCGACUCAACACGGUUCUUCAUUGUGACAAAAUACUUGUUAUGGACAAGGGGCAGGUCAUUGAAUUUGCUUCACCUAAUGCUUUAAUGAAUGAUCCAGAAUCAACUUUCUUCCAAAUGGUGCAGUUAGGAGACCACUAA